UCUAUGACAGAUGUUCUUGGUGGAACCAUGGUCUUAUUCUUUGUAAAUGAAUCGAAAUUGGAAACUGGCAUGUAUUUAUUGGUAACUUUUUUUGGGCUGGCCCCAAAAGAGAUAACACCUUGGUAUGGUUAUCACGGGGGAAUCAAAUCACCAACAUUAUGACAAAUGUAUGAUGCAUGUAUGAUGUAUGUAUUAUCAGCAUUUGGAAUGUACGAAUUGCAGAAUUCAAAGUACCAAUGUUCAAUCAAAAAAGAUUUAAAUGGAAAACAAUUUUUGAAUUUAGCUCAUUUUGCAAAAUUUAUUCGCACUGAAAGCACUAACAAAAUGGCUUGUUCAAAGUGGCCUUUAUUUGUAGCACGAUUUUUCAUUUUUGUCUAUACAUGUUUAUCGCUGUACUACAUGGGCGGUUUGAUGGGCCUGUAUAAUUUCGAUGAGGAAACUACUAAUGAUGCCGAAGAUAAGUCCAGCGAAAAGGUGGUCGAUCCUGACAACACCACAUUAGAUGGGGAAAAUUUGAAAGUCAUGUCACGUGAAGACAUAGCUGAAUGUACCAUUGAUUUGGUUAGUAGUAUUGCUGUGGCCAUUGCUUCAGUCUUCUUGUAUGUGGGCCUUAAAAUGAAAAUGCACAAAUUAAUAUUGCCUUGGCUUGUCGUUUCCUUCCUUUACGUCUUUGUGGAGAGCAUUGUCUUGUUUAUCGACGACGAAUCGGAAAUAGAAGAAGCCACCAUAUUCGUCGUAUUUUUGUACGUUGCUGCCAUGUGGUAUCCCAUCUAUAAGCAAUACAAAGCGAUUCGUUGUGCCAAAUGUAAGCCACAACAACAACCCACUCAACUCAGUUUUAGCACAACGGAAUUUGUCCACCAUCAAACCGCCACAGCACCUGUGGAAGUUUAAACGUUGAGUGCCGAACAAUUUUAGAUGAAAACGAAUUUAUGAAUAAAG